UCAUACCCGGCGAAUCGAUCAAACUCUCGAAUUCACCGCAGAUAUGUCCCAGGUCCGGAUCUCCCAAGCUUGCCAUUCCAGAUCAUCCAUGCUGGGGUUUAAUUCUGCAUGUCCGUGAUGACUAAUCCCUGCUAGCUUUUUAGCCUGGAUGCCGUCUGCCUUGAGUACAAUAAAUACGAUAUGAACACCGCGCAGCCAGAGUGCUUCUGAUAUUCCUCAUAUUUUCUGUUCACUGGCUUUCCCCAAAUAGACCUAACUUUAUCAGGAUUUUUAUGCUUUUUUUGGACGAAAUUAAGCAAUAUUUGGCUAUCAUACGCUCCCCCAAAGCUCGGAGACACGCAUCAAAACUUUUACCUUGAUACCGAUUGAGGGUCAGGCGCAGUCAUUCAAAUUCAAAUUCAUAUUUAAUAUAACACAGACAUCGGCCCUCCAGACACACCUCAAGUUUCGUCUUAAAUUGCUGCAAUCAUGCCUGAGCUAGCCGAAGUGGCACGAAUUGUCCACUACAUUCGCAAGUAUCUAGUCGGCAAUACCAUCACCAAAGUCCACGUCCAAGAUGACCCAAUCGUCUUUGGCAAAGCUGGAACAACAGCUGCGGAGUUUAAGAAACAUAUGGAGGGAAAGAAGAUUGUGGGCUCGGGACAACAAGGGAAAUAUUUCUGGAUAACCAUGUCCUCCCCGCCUCAUCCUGUUAUGCAUUUUGGCAUGACCGGUUGGCUUAAGUUCACAAUUAUGAACACGCAUUACAGGCGAACCACAGCGGCGAAUAAUGAGGAAUCGCAGUGGCCGCCCAAGUUCUGGAAAUUUAUACUCCAGAUUGACGAUGCCUCGAAAUCCGAAACAGCGUUCGUUGAUCCACGGCGACUUGGCCGCGUUCGCCUAGUCAACUGCCCUGGAGCCGAUAUUAGAAAACAUAGCCCGCUGAAGGAGAAUGGGCCGGAUCCUAUUUUGGAUAAACAUAUUAUGACGUUGGAUUGGUUGUCGAGAAAGCUGGCGAGCAAGAAAGUUCCUAUCAAAGCCUUACUACUCGACCAAUCAAAUAUCAGUGGAAUUGGAAAUUGGAUGGGAGACGAAAUAUUGUACCAUGCCAAAAUCCACCCAGAGCAGUACAGCAACACCAUCGAACAGGGCCAGAUCGAACAGCUCCAUUCGGCAAUCAGCUAUGUAUGCUCAACUUCCGUUGAUCUCCUGGGGGAUUCCGAAAAGUUUCCAGCCGACUGGCUGUUCAAACAUCGGUGGACUAAGGGGAAGCAGAAGCAUUCGCAAAGGCUACCCAAUGGCGACAAAAUCGUUUUCAUUACCGUUGGUGGUCGCACCAGUGCUGUAGUACCAUCUGUACAGAAAAGGACAGGUCCAGUUGCAGGAGAUGUGGAAGAUGAGGCUACGGAGAUCGAUGAGCCACCGCCCCCUAAAAAGAAGAAAGUCGCUACUACAAAGAAGCUAAGCAGAGGAGCGGCGAAUGACGACGAGAAACCUUCCACCACCAAGAAAGCUACGACUAAGUCAAGGGCUGAACCAACGGUAAAAAAUGAAAAGGAGGUUGCAGCUCAGACUGAAGCGCCAUCCGCCCCCAAGCACGGGAGAUCCUUACGUUCAAGAAAGUAAUCAGGGAAGAAUUCAGUUGCAUAUUUGAUAAAUCAAAGCACAAUAAUCGAGACGUUAGCCGGUUUCGCUAUUUCAUAAUUCGUGAGCCAUAUAUCCUUCGUUCAGUAGUUUGCCUGCCCAUGGCUGAACAUCUCCCCUCAUCUAUUGUCCGUGUUUUCUUUCGUUGGUUAGUCGUCGAUAUAAAACACAAGACGAUCUAUAAUAGAGGAGUGCGCAAAACUAUCCCCUGCUAUGAAUCAAGGGUAUCUGGGUAUACAUAUCAACCUUAAACAAGCACUCCAUUUAGUCUUCGAUAAAACACCCCAAAAUUGCCGUCCCCGUCUUCCCCCUCACCCCGAUCAUCCAUCACAGCAAAUAUGAUACUUUCCCACCACCCACCACUGAAUUCCCGUUCCUGAAAGACCUCAGCCCAACAAUCCGCUACCUCCUCCUUCGGAUUUGCGAACGCUCCACAACCCAGGGCCCCCAACACCAAUCUCCGGUGUUGAUUCACUACCGCAGUCCGCAGAGCCACUCUCAUCUUCUCCUUCAUGAUUUCGCGAUCGGUAGGGUUUUUAUAAACCUGCCUAACUCCCAAUCCUGGCACUUCCCUCGUCCUAACAUCUGGUACACAGAGCGCUGCUACACUAAUCACACUGACAACGGGCAGCUUGUCCGGCUGCGACAAAUCGAGCAGCUUAUGCUCGCCUUCAUCCAUGUUUGCCCGAAUCACUAGCACUGUCGGGGAGUAUAUCGCCCCCAUCUCCGGAAGCGGAUAAUAGCGUAACUUUAAAGAGAAGCUGAGACUGCUUCGAUAACAGAGCGCUUCUUCCUGCGCCAAAGCCCCCCGCUUCCAGCCUCCGCCUGCAUUGUGCGCAUUUGCCAUGUUCAGCACGCAUACUGGCUUUUUGUCCUUAAUAGUGAUGAACUUGGAGCAUUCUUCUAAGCCAAUGGCUGUGUCGAAGGUGUCUGCGUCGUGGAUGCGGAUGGCAGUGGGAGGAAGGUUCGGACAGAAGUGAUGGGAGAGGCGGGGCGGCUGUGGAGGGGCGUACAGGUAUCCCUUCGGAGGGGCAUGAGGAGCGGUGGCAAGGAUAUUGGGGAGUAAGGAGGUGGUUUCAGCAGCUAUGGCGGAGAGUUCCUUGCGGCGGGCUUGAAUUGCGCGUUUCCGCUCUAGGCCCGCGUCGUAGCUUGAAUCUGUGGAUGUGCUGAUGUUGGAUACCUCCUGUGACUGCAGUCUGGGUGGAGUAGGUUGUAUAUCCUCCAUCCUGUCUUGGGAGUCAUUCGAAAGGCCGUUUGCUACAUCGCCGUUUGGGGACUGGCGGACGAAAUAUGGGGAGCGGGAGGUCCCGAGAUCCCGUCUCCGCUCCGGGUGGAGAUUGAGCACGGUCUGCACCAGUUUGCGAUUUGGAGGAUCGGCCAUCCUCAAUAAUAUUUAAUUGGGAUAGCAAAUUCAAUGGGAUUUAACAGACUAGUAGCAUGCCGCACUCAGAGUCUCCCCGGAUAAAAGAGAUAUGCCCAGUAUUUAAUUGCGAAUGGACCAAGUCAGGGUUCGGGCUGGAGGCUGGCAGGUGCCUCAAAGGCGGUGAGCGCGAUAAGAGAUUCUGCCGGCAGAAAAACAGGCUUAGUUAUCUAAGCGGUAAGGCCAGAACAAACCCAUACCGGAAGAACGUAGGGUUGAUUGUUCAUUAUUA